AUGAGAGUCUCUAUCACCUCGCGACAGAAGCGGUUCAACGGCAAGACUACUAUGUCUCCGCUUUCCACGGAGGAGUUGAAUCGACUGGAAGGUCUGUACAUUGAGGAGGCGAUGCGUGCCAGUGCCAACUCCAUGAGUCGCGAAUUGGCUCAACUGGCAAGCUACUUCCAGUUGGUCUUUCUCUCCGAUUCCAAUGGUGGGGGAGGAGGAGGAGGUGGUGGUGUUGGUGGUGGUGGUGAGUCCACAGGAGGUCAAAAUAAUGCUCGCACGCUACUGAACAAGGCACAACUAGCCGUGAAGCAGAAACCCAACGUGCCAAACCUUCGUGAGAGUCUGUUGGAGCUGAGUCAAUUCCCUCCCGCCGCCUCCACCUCACUGCAUUACCACAUGCAUGGUGAGAACGCGUCGGUACCGAUGUCAGUGUCAGCAUCGGCAACAGGAACGCCAACGAUGACAACAGCAACAGCAGUAGCAACAACAACAGCACCACCACCACCAACAACAGGAACAACAACUACCACCACCACGGCGACGACGGUGACGGCGACGGUGUCUGUGAGCACGGCAACAGCAACGACAACGUCAGUAAGCACCGUGUCUGGCACGCAUUCUCGGUCGAGUGGUGGUCUGAUGCGAGUGGGCUCUGAACUGCAUUUCUCCCUCUCUUUGCCCUCCAUCUCUCCUCCUCUUGCACCUGUUCUUGCUGCACUCCUUCCUGAGCACCCACAUGUGUUCAAUCUCCUUUUCCCUCCUCCUUCGCCUCCUGCGCCUUCUUCUUCACCUCCUAAUUUUCUUCCUGCCACUGGCACUGUUUUCGCCAUCGCCAUUGUCACUGUCGUUGCCGCUGUUGUUGCGGUUGCUUCUUCUUCUUCCUCCUCUCUCCUUCUCCUUCUUCUCCUUCUUUUACUUUUUUCUUCACUCACCCUCCCCCUCCCCCUCCUCCUCCUCCUCCUCCCUGUCCAUGUUGCUCUGAAGUCUUUCAGUAUACAUUUACCACAACAAAUAAUGAAUAAAAGACCUAUUUAUAUUAAUAUUUGGUGGUCUUCAUCUAUCUCUGUCCUCCGCCUUUCGAGGGUCAUCUUUGGCCAUUCAAGCAAUCAUGAAUGCUGA